UGACUGCUGUCUUAAAAUAAAUUAAAUUGUAUGGUUUACAUGCACUGCCAACUUUUAUUAAACACGGAUUCACAAAAUCUGACAAUUGUGUCCUUGUAUAAGCACACAAGGGUUUCAUUUCAUCACUGCACUUAUACAGUCUCUCUAGUUUUCGUCUACAAUUGUUGUUCUUCUUUUCAGCAAAAGCUUAUUUUCUUGCUGAGCAAAGGAUAAGAAUGGCAUCGGAGUUGAUUUCUACAACGGAAGUGGUGAAUACAUUGCUGGAAAAGUUAGUUGGUCCUCUGUUGCCUUUGAGAACAUCUGCCGUUAAGGAAGCUCCCUCUCUUUCUCAGCAGCAGUCUGUAGCCAAACAGGUCUUCUUUGGUUUCCUCUCAUUCUUUCCUAAGGAUGCGGGUUCUCUCUGUACCUUGUGUACUCAUUGCAUGUUGCAUGCUGUCGUGUUACUUUACAACUACUACCAGAGGAAGCAAAAUCCACAGGCACAAUUUUUAGAUUUUGAGUCAUUUUGCAAGUUGGCCAUGACUUUGAGGCCAGUUUUGGUGUCAUAUAUGAAGUUUACGAAUCAAUCAGUUACAACUGGUCCCAAGGACAUCGACAAAGAUCUUUCAGUGACUGAAAAAGCAAUCCAAGAUGCUUGCAAUAUAUCUUGGGCUUUGGAUGCAUCAAAAGAUGUUCCGUUUAUGAACGAAUGGCUAAUUGCCAAAGUAUCUGUCCUAUUACUAGACUCUAAGAAAGAAAAUUGUUGGCUGCUUUUUAGUUCUGUUACUGAAGGGGUCUGGUCUCUCCUCGAAAAAUGCCUUGAGCUUCCCACUGCUGAAAUAGAAGGUCAGGUGGAGAUAAAGCAUCUAAACAAAAAGAAGCGAACCAAUAUGAGACCAGUGACAGUAGAGCAAAAAGAUGAUGACUCUGGCUUUCAGCAGCUUGCAUUUAUAGCUGUCAAGGAUGCUACAGGUAUUUCUCGGUCUGACCUUAGGGUUUUGGAGGAGCAUGUGGUAUAUUCACUAACUAAAGAGAAGACAUCCUCUUGGUUUUACAUCAUGCAAUGUACCCAAUCAACCAAUCAGGACAAUCAAAAUCCUGUUAAGGAGACUCUCAAGAGUUUACAGGGCCCACUGGUGAAAAGGAGUUCUGGUGGUUGGUCCACUACAGAAUUAGUUGAGCACUUUCAUCUGCUUCCCUAUGCCAGUAUCAUGUCAGCCUUUUUUCUGAGAGAAUUUUCUAGUGCGGAGGGCUCAAAUACCAGAAGCCGUGAGGAUAUAGCGGACAAUUGUGAAAAAGCAGUUUCUGAGAGCAGAAUCUCAUUGUUUGAUCAAAACUUUGGCAACGUAAGCAUCAUGAGUGCUAAAGGUUCAGACAGUGCUUGCAGUAUUUUGGUCAAUGUCAAUAAUGACAGAAAUGCCAACCCUGCAGACUCUUUUAGUGCAGAGGUUGUUGCCAAUAACAAUUGUGAAAAGAAUACAGGGUACCAGAAAGAUUUUGUGAAGGAAAAUGAUGUGCCCCAUGAAAGAGUGAGUGCCUAUGGGAGUUCUAGUGGUGAAGCCAAAGAGGCAAGUGCUAGUAAAGGAAGGCAGAGCAUAGAGGAAAAGAUAGAAAAGAUGGAAGCAAAGACACCUAAUGAAAGCUUAAUUGGAACCAAGUCAGACCGUAUAAACCUAGAAAUUUCAGAGGCAAAAGACGGUGAUGGUCCCCUUGAAAAAGUUAGUCAUUCUGCAGUUGGUCAAGAAGCAACUGCAGUAGAUGGCUCCCAUAGGAUAAGGAAAAGUGAAGAAGCUGGAAGAGAUAGUUUAAUUAGAAAUAAAGAAAUUAUAGAUUUCAGUGGUGAUAAGCUAACUGGUGUCAACUUGGAAUGUUUAAAUGAUACAAGUAACAAGGUCCACCAUGAAAAUAGCAGAGACAAUGAAGAUUCAACUGCAAAAGAACUGCUUGCUAUCGUCAACCGCCCAAGGACACCAGAAGAGGAAGCUGCGGAGCUGGUGAAAUCCACUAAAAGCUGUGAAAUCAAUGAUUUUAAUGAUAAGGAGUUAGCUGGUGCUUGUCGUGAACCUUUGGAGGUGCAAAUGAAUGAUGGUUAUUCGAGUUCUCCUACCAGGCCUCAGAGGAUGGAUAUUGAUGCACGUAUUCGCUGCUCCAGAAAUGGAAAUAAUAGUAAGGAUCGUAAGCUUAUCACAGAAGUUUAUCAGCGCUAGAACAAGAGGAUGAGGGAGAGUGGUGGAGAAAU